CUCGUUGCAUCACCCGCAAUGGGCCGGGCCGGCCGGGCGGGGCGACGCCGCUGCGGUCUUUAAAGGGCCGGGGCGACGCGUGCAUCCCCAACAGCGCCCGGCGCAAUGAAGCGGGACGCGCAGAGCACCCAGGAGUACCCGGGCCGGCCCGAGGGGCCGGAGCCUCCCUCGGCACCUUCCUCCUCGGACCCGGCCGCCGAGCUCAAGCCGCGGCUGUGGAUCUUCGGGUACGGCUCGCUGGUGUGGAGGCCGGGCUUCGAGUUCACGUCGCGGAAGGUGGGCUUCAUCCGCGGCUACAGCCGGCGCUUCUGGCAGGGGGACACCUUCCAUCGCGGCAGCGAGCGGGCGCCGGGCCGGGUGGUGACGCUGCUGGAGGACUGCGGGGCGUGCACGUGGGGCGUCGCCUACGAGGUGUGCGGGGAGCAGCAGGUCGCCGCCUCGCUGCAGUACCUGAACGUGCGCGAAGCCGUGCUGGGCGGCUACGACACCAAGCUGGUCAGCUUCCACCCGCAGGACAAGGAGGCGGGGGAGCCCAUCCAGGCCCUCGUCUACAUCGCCACGCCGCAGAACCCCUCCUACCUCGGCCCGGCGUCCGAAGAAGACAUCGCGGCGCAGAUCAUCGUCUCGAGGGGCUGCGCGGGCCACAACGUGGAGUACCUCCUGCGGCUGGCGGACUUCAUGCGCUACUUCUGCCCGCAGGUGGAGGACAAGCACCUCUUCUCCAUCGAAGAGGCCCUCAUUGCCCUCCUGCCCUGCUUGUGCCACUCGGAGAAAGCCCUGGAGGAAGCGCCCGGCGUCCCGCAGAAGGCCGAAAGGGAGAACUUCUUGCAGGGCUCCAGUAGGAGGGACGAAACGAUCGGGACGGCCUGAGCUCUGACAGAAACAUACAGGGCUGAGUGGACGAAAGGAAAAGGAGCGGGAGGGAGGGAGGGAGGAGGCAAAGGGGCUGCACGGUUCCUGUUACAUCCUUGCCUGCAGCCAUCACCACUUUCCAGGUGGGAAGCGGGGAUCUGACUACAGCUGUGCCCUAAGGCUUGAUUUUUGGGGUGAGAUCUGGAGCGUGUGCUUCCUCAGGAGGGGAAAGAGGCUCCUCUGUGCACUUCUUUUAUUCUUUAUUUUUUUUAAAAAACCUCAAAGACUAGUUGAGCAGGACUUGACUGGGUUUUAGCAGUAUAUUUGUGUUCUACCUCAGGCUGUCCAAAGCUGUUGCAUGGUGGUAGAGCUUGGGCAGGCUCUGCCAAAUGAUUUUUUUCCCUCCCACGUCCCACCUCCAGUGCAAUACAAAGUGAAUGUGCCUCUGUGGGUCCUACUUCCUGGUGUUGCAAAGGAUCACACUAAUGCACUUACUUUUCUAAACUGUUAUGUUGUAUUUAUUAUGUGUUGUGUGUCUCCUUAGGAGAGGUGUCAGGCUGCUUAUAUGCCACUGUAGGAUGCAGCCCAUGCUCACCUUUGCAUUGGUGCCUUCUUGCUUUAGCUCAGUUUCCUGAGGCACUGAGCCUGUAUCAGUGACAGCAGCUUUGCCCUAGACUUCACUGACCUUGUGCUGCUGCAGGCUCAGCUGAUGCUGUAAGGUCCUGUGUAGAAGUUGUGGGAGAGCUGUCUGAUGCAGCAGCACUUUAACCAGCCCUGUACUGAAUUGCCCUCUGGUGCUUUAAGGUAACGUGGGCUUUCGGAGAAGAACCUGAGGGUUCCAGCUUCAUACCCAGAACUGUGCUUGGUAGACUUGUACUUAACUGUAAAGGACCAUCACUGAACGUAAUGCAAUCCUGGAUCCUGCUUUGUCAGGAGAAGCAGAGGUACUGCUGCAAGCUCAGGCUUCUCAGCUUUACAUAUUAACAGCAUGAAAACUUAUAGUAUUUGGAAAGGAAACUGCUGCUGCUGCAAUUAGCAAAAGAACUCCUGAGAGCUGACCUCUAGGACACUUGACUCCUCCCAAACAUUGUUCUUUUUUAAAAUAAAAAAUAAAAAAUAGGGAAUGUUUCCAUUACUGUGGCUUGUAUGUAUAUGCACUGGUGCUGUGCGCCCAGUAAUAAAACAAGCUGACAUAGUCAGUCCUUUGUACUUUUUUUUUUUUAAGUUAGUGACUUCAAACUGAUUCUUAUUUUUAGCGUUUGACUUUUUUUUGUCUGUUUUCUAAACUUAGCUGGUAAUGCUAUGUAGGUCCUGUGUAUUUACAGACCGAGUCUCGAUGCUGAGCAGCUUCCCUCAGCCACAUUUCCUAGAAAACACCUAUUUCAAUAUUUCACUUUAAGAGUGGGUUCAGUUAUUCUCUCCACUUCCAACCCAUGCUGGAGCACUGUGCUGACAGCAGCUGUAAGCCAGCCCUGCUGCCUGCACAAGGCGGGUAAGGCAACACAGCUCUCUGGGCAUGCCAAGGGCUUUUACUUGACCUGACCUUACUCUGGCUGCUUCCACGAAGUAAUAGCACAGUGCCAGGAAGCUGCCACUUGCAGCAGCGUCUGCUGACUGUGGUAAAGAAACAUCCUCUUCUGCCUUGCACUGUGCAAGGGGCAGCUGCCGUGCUCCUGCUUCCCCUUGUCACCAGCUGCCUCCCUGCUGAGAUAACAGCGCAUACCUGCAUUACCUGUCUCUGGACAGGAGUUACAGGGUGAAAACUAAUUGAAACAGCUUAAUUUAGCACUAAUUAAAGGCAAGUAAUAGUCUAGAGAAAACUCUGUUUUCCCUGUUCUGCGGAGGCUCUCACUUCAGCUGAGCAGCUGCACG